GCACCUGUGUGCCCCCCAGCUCAAGCAUCAGAGAAAUGGAUUCGCAAGACCAGAGGUAAAAAAAGUGCGUAAAUAUUUUUGUCAGCCACUUCCGAUCAAAUCUCCUGCGGCGGCGCAAUCGAUUCCGCCGCCGCAUAUGGCCAAAGGUCGCAAACUAACGACCAGCCGGAGCGAGCGUUUCCUGGGAACCUACGACUACUCGAGCAGCCGCGGCUCAGCUGCCUUGGACCCGUCGGAGCUUCGUGAGGAGGAUAUCUGGAGCACCGGAGAUGACUCCGUCGAGCGCGAGUGGGAGCCGCACGCCUCUUCCGGAAGCAACAACGGGAACUACAGGCGGCGGAUUCCACGCGAAACGGAGGACCACCGGCGCGUGGGAGGUCUGUCGUUAGCGUUUGAAGCCCCGGCGAGUGGCUCGUCGCAGAGGAUCGUGCAUCAGUUCCGCGCGCGUGAAGAGAUGGCAGCGACUCCUCGCGGCCGCCACGUGGCGACAUCGGCGCCGGUGAACGUGCCCGACUGGAGCAAGAUUCUCCGAGUGGACUCGGUCGAGUCGAUGAACGACGAGGAGGAAGAUGACGAGUCGGAGAUGGAGCCACCGCAUGAGUACUUGGCGCGUAGCCAAAAGAUGGUGGCGAAUUCAGUGUUUGAAGGCGUUGGCCGCACGUUGAAGGGCCGAGACUUGAGCCGGGUUCGUGACGCGGUCUGGAGCCAGACCGGGUUCGAUGGGUGACGAGCCGGUUCGGGUUUGCACCAUAAAAUUAUUAGAAUAUAUAAAACUUAUCGUAAAAGCUAUAAGCCACAUAAACACCGCUGUCUAGAGUGUAGUGUUUAUGUUUCCCCUGCUCAUAAAACACAAAACACAGUUUUUUAAGUAAGUUUAGUUCUGUUUUUUAACUAAAACUGUAGUAAUAUUUUGAUGAUUUAUCAAAAUAAUACUCUCAUUUUAGUUAAAAAAUAAUAAUACUAAAACUAUUUAUGAAACUGAAUAUAAGUUUUGUGUGUGUCAUAUUUAUUAUUGUAGUUAACGAGGUUGUGAGGGAUGGGUAGUUAAAGACAAUUAUUUUGGUUUUUCUGGGCGAUGAUUCGGCUGAGUGGACUCGGGCGAUGAGAGUCCAACUCAGUGGCCAGUGAGCCUGAGCCGUGAUAAUUAAUUAGCAUGUAAUUGGAAUUUGUGAAUUUGAUUAAUUAAGAUCUUCUCCGGCCAUGGCCACUUUAUCUC